AUGACUACUAUAACUGAAAAUACCCCCGAGAUCAAGAGAUCUUCCAAUAGUUUAAGAAGAAAUGGUGUGAAAUCAUCCACUCCACAUAAACCUAUAGAAUUCAAAGUAAGGCGAUCAAGUUCUUUACAACGAAAUAAUACUACUCCAUCUUCCAAUAAUAAUAAUAGUAAUAAUAAUAACAGCAAUACACCAACGACAACGGCAACAACUCCAUCAGUUAGAAAUAGCAUGAGUAUGAGUAAAGGAUUGAACCAUUUUUGCUGUAUCUCCGUACCUUCAAAUGGAACAUCAGGUAAUGUUGAUUCGCCAAAGACACAUCUGAGAAAUCCGUCAUAUACAUCUCAAGCUUCUCUACCGGAAGGAGCAAAAAUAUGA